AUGUCUAUUAUGUCAUACAGCGGUGGCUCGGUGAUGGCCAUGGCGGGAAAGGAGUGCUUCGUCAUCAUCUCCGAUAAACGCCUCGGCGAGCAGCUGAAGACUAUCUCGACGGAGGUGCCCAAGCUGCAUGUUGUUAACAACAGCAUCGUGUACGGCCUCACCGGUCUGCGCACGGACCAGCAAACCUUUGCGAACAAAGUUCAGUUUCGCACCGACAUGUACAAGCUGCGCGAGGAGCGCGACAUCACUGGCAAGGCGUUCGCGGCGAUGAUCACGUCCAUGCUGUACGAGGCACGUUUCGGACCAUGGUUCGUGGAGCCGGUUAUCGGAAGCAUAGAUAAGUCGACGGGCGAGGUGUACCUGUGCGCCACCGACCUCAUCGGUGCCCCGUGCGAGCCAGAGGACUAUGUGUGCGCCGGCACCGCUGCUGAGAGCUUGCACGGCAUGUGCGAGGCUCUCUGGCGCCCGGGCAUGUCUCCGGAGGAGGUUUUCGAGAUUGCUGCGCAGGCGAUGCUAUCUGCGUGUGAUCGCGAUAGUCUCUCCGGCUACGGUGCAGUGGCCAUGAUUGUGACGAAGGACAAAAUCACGACGCGCCUCAUCAAGGGCCGAAAGGACUAG